CUACCAUAUGGCUGAACCUUUCGGAAUUGCAGCAGGUGCUGUCGGCAUUGCUGCUGCGUUCACUGCCUGUGUGGAUUGCUUCCACUACGUCCAGUUCGGCCGUCAUUUUGGACGAGACUUUCAAACGGAUCUGCUGUCCCUUGACUGCGCAAAGCUCCGUCUGACACGCUGGGGGCAGGCUGUCAACAUUCUCAAUGAUCCCCAGCUGGGCAGACCUGAUGUCACUUCAGCCGAAAUCCAGACUGUGAAGAGUUCCUUGCUUCAGAUCAAAGCCCUCUUUGACGACACGGAGAAAAUUUCGAAAAAGUACACGCUCGACGCGAAAGCCGAAGACGAUCUUUCGAUACUUUCAAAUAGUGACAUGGAUCCUGCAGUCUUAGCACUCGCCAACAGGAUGAAAGCGCUUGCAAGUAAAAGGCAGCAAGGGCGCUGUAUCUCCAAGAGAGCAAGCUGGGCUCUGUACCACCGGUCGGAACUCAGUGAGCUCAUCACAAACAUUAUCUCUCUUAUAGAUAACGUGGAAAAGCUGUUCCCUGCAUCGCGGAUUCAGCUGGAGCUCGUCAAGCAAGAAAUAGCGGAAAUUCAAGGUAACAACCGGAGGGUUCUGAAACUAGUUGAGGCGGCUGCGCAGGGUGUUGACGAUAUGCUUCGCACGGCUGCAGGAGAAGCAUAUACUGGUCAUCGAUACUUGAGUGUGAAUAUUGAAGGCAAGGCCCACACUGGGGACGCGUUUGACAAUGACUGGACGAGUAAAGAUGUUGGAGCCAAGUCUCAUGUAUAUGACGGUGUGAUGGUGAAGACAGAGGGCAAAGCGUUGGUGGGAAACAAGUUUGGAGGAAGGGAUUUUUGGGAUGACUGA